UCUCAGCUUGCAAGUUCUUUCUCAACUACAGAACUCCAAGCUUGUACUGUACUCUAAUACGUCGCCGUUUUAUAUUGUACUCUUUUGUUUCCUCUUACCAGAAAAAUAAAUAAAUAGCAUUUUUUUAUUUUUCGACUCAAAUCAUGCAAACCAUUUCGCCUGCGUUCAAAUCCGUCAUUCAACCAAAUCUAACGGCUAAGAACGCGCGUUACUCUCAAGUAAAUGGAAAGCGCGUGUCUGUUCGUUGCGGUUACAGGUCUGAGUCGUUUAGCUUCCCUAACGGUGUUGGCUCAACCCGAGCCGAUUGGCAAAGCUCAUGCGCCAUCUUAGCCAGCAAAGUAGUUUCGGCUGAGAAUUCAAGCUCAAUCACCGGUGGUUUAGCCGAUCAAGUCGCCGUCGUUAACGGUCACAGUAACGGUUCCGUUGAUCUAAGCCUUGUUCCGUCAAAGUCGCAGCAUAACGGAAAGCCUGGAUUGAUUCAGCCGUUAACGAUAACAGAUCUAUCUCCGGCGCCGUCUCAUGGAUCUACUCUCCGUGUAGCGUAUCAAGGAGUUCCCGGCGCUUAUUCCGAAGCAGCCGCCGGAAAAGCUUACCCGAACUCUGAAGCUAUUCCUUGUGAUCAGUUCGACGUUGCGUUUCAGGCGGUGGAGCUUUGGAUCGCCGAUCGUGCUGUUCUCCCAGUUGAGAACUCUCUCGGUGGUUCGAUUCAUAGAAAUUACGAUCUCCUCCUCCGUCACCGUCUCCACAUCGUCGGAGAAGUUCAGAUCCCGGUUCAUCACUGUCUCCUUGCUCUUCCCGGAGUUCGUACGGAUUGCAUCACGCGAGUGAUUUCGCAUCCUCAAGCUCUGGCUCAGACGGAAGGAUCGCUAAACAAACUCACUCCAAAAGCAGCGAUUGAGGCGUUUCACGACACAGCCGCGGCGGCUGAAUACAUCGCUGCUAACAACCUCCAUGAUACGGCGGCGGUUGCGAGCGCAAGAGCAGCUGAGCUUUACGGACUUCAGAUUCUCGCCGACGGGAUCCAAGACGACGCAGGAAACGUCACGCGCUUCCUUAUGCUAGCGCGUGAUCCAAUCAUCCCCCGCACGGAUCGUCCGUUUAAAACAAGUAUUGUUUUCGCCGCUCAAGAACAUAAAGGAACUAGCGUUUUAUUCAAAGUGCUUUCCGCGUUUGCGUUUCGAAACAUUAGCUUGACGAAAAUCGAAUCGCGGCCGCAUCAGAAUUGCCCGGUUAGAGUCGUCGGCGACGAAAACGUAGGAACGUCGAAGCACUUUGAGUAUACAUUCUACGUCGAUUUCGAAGCGUCGAUGGCGGAGGCGCGUGCACAAAACGCGUUAGCGGAGGUGCAAGAGUACACGUCAUUCCUCAGGGUGCUGGGAAGUUACCCAAUGGAUAUGACGCCAUGGUCCACGUUACCUAGCGAAGACGUAUGACAAAUAAUAAUUUUAUCUGAAUUUU